AAUUAUGAGUUAAUUUACUAAAAGAUGGUGUCUGAAUUUGUUGGUGGAACAAACAAAACCAUGAAGCUAUCUUGAACUAAAAAUGAAACAGAAUCCACCCUGUUUUCUCACCCUUGGUGGAACCUUGUCUCCUUUUUCUUUCUCUCUCUUUCAUGCAAUUUCUUCCCUGUUCUCUUUCUCGGAUUAAACUUGGGAUUGUGUGAUUAUUCCGAAAUGACCCCACACCACUAAGUGUUAUGAUAACUUGGAACCUGUUGCACGCAAGAAUAAGCUGGACACACGCAAUAGCGCUAUUAUUUCUUCAUUUUUUUGUUCUUGGUCAAAGAAAUAGUACUUGGGAGCCCUGAAUAUUCAAGCUCUGAUAUGGGGUACCUCAAUUCAGUUUUAUCCUCUUCAGGUCAGGUUCAUGCCGCAGAAGAUUCACCUGUCAGUGGAGGGGGCCUCAGUCAGAAUGGCAAAUUCAGCUAUGGGUAUGCUAGCUUCCCUGGCAAGAGAUCUUCAAUGGAAGAUUUUUAUGAGACAAAAAUUGAUGGCGUUGAUGGUGAAAUUGUUGGCCUUUUUGGAGUUUUUGAUGGUCAUGGAGGUGCUCGUGCUGCCGAGUAUGUCAAGCAAAACCUGUUUAGCAAUUUGAUCAGACAUCCAAAAUUCAUUUCUGAUACCAAAUCUGCAAUAGCUGAUGCAUAUAACCAUACCGACUCUGAAUUUCUGAAAUCUGAAAAUAAUCAAAACAGAGAUGCUGGAUCAACUGCUUCCACUGCCAUUCUUGUCGGAGACCGCUUGCUUGUUGCAAAUGUUGGGGAUUCCAGAGCUGUUAUAUGCAGGGGUGGAAAUGCCAUUGCUGUUUCCCGAGAUCACAAGCCAGAUCAAACUGAUGAGAGGCGAAGGAUUGAAGAUGCAGGUGGCUUUGUCAUGUGGGCUGGAACUUGGAGAGUUGGUGGCGUUCUUGCUGUUUCUCGUGCAUUUGGCGAUAGACUCCUCAAGCAGUAUGUUGUUGCUGAUCCAGAAAUCCAGGAAGAAAAGGUUGAUAGCUCUCUUGAGUUUCUCAUAUUGGCCAGUGAUGGGCUAUGGGAUGUUGUCUCAAACGAGGAAGCUGUUUCCAUGAUUAAACCGAUUCAGGACGCGGAGGAGGCAGCAAAGAGACUGAUGCAAGAAGCAUACCAGAGAGGUAGUUCUGACAACAUUACAUGCAUCGUUGUUCGUUUCUUGUCGAACCAAGGUGCUUCUUCUCACAGUAACUCUGGCUAAGUGUUCUUCACUAGAAGAUCAGUGUUGUAUCUGGAGAUAGAUAAAAAAAAGAUGGCACGAGGCAAAAUGAGUUUGUUAUAGUUGGUCAAAGACAUUCCUUGUAGCUGUGUACCAUGCAAGAAUAGAAAUCAAAUUUGAACUCACUAUGGUCCUCUAGCAUAGAUAUGUUUUCACAUUUUCAAACCAUUUCACUUCCAUAAUUGAGUCCUAUUUAUAGCCAGGAAAAAAUAGCUGUGCAAAAGAGUUUAAAGUGUUUGAAUAUUUGACAUGAUGUUUGUAAAUGUGGUGUUGAUCCUAUUAAUCCCCUCUCCCAAACAAACUACUAGUGUGCUUGGUUGAACUUAUGUUCCCUUUUCAUUGUUAAUCUGGUUUUACAGUGUUAGUCCCAUCCCAUGUAACACCUACACUCAUGUUCUACUUU